AUGGGCCUUCCAUUUAUACCUUGGUUUAUAGUUUUGACAGUGCUUCUUGUAGUAUGUUUAGCAGAUGACUUUGAAGAUGCCUACUAUCAAGUUAUCAAUAUCUAUGGCGGAUACCGUUCUGAAUCGUCAGGGACCAAAGGUUGUGUCACGCAAAAGACAAUGGAAGAAAUGAUUAGGCAGAUGCUUAUCAAUAUAUCUAGUGUUGUAGAAGAUAACGCGAACAAGAAUCGUUCUUGUAGGGAAACAAGUAAAAAACCUCGUAACUAUCAGGACAUUAAGAACGAAGGACAUCAGACCAAAGGGAUUUAUACUAUAUAUCCAGGUGCAGAACAAAGAGAAAUUAGGGUUAUGUGUGACAUGGAUACAACAACUAGUGGAUGGAUAGUAAUACAACGCAGAAUUUCCGAUAGCGGCUUUUUCAAGACUUGGUAUGAUUAUAAGGUUGUGUUUGGCAAUCUUAGUGAAACUUAUUGGCUUGGGAACGAAAAUAUCCAUGAGAUUUCAACCCAAAAUUUAUACCAACUGCGUGUUGACCUGACCAGUAAUGACGAUGAAACAGCAUUUGCAGAAUACAAGAUCUUCUUUGUCGGGGACAGUUACUCAGAUUAA